AUGCCCUCCUGGGCCCUCUUUGUGGUCACCUCCUGCCUCCUCCUGGCCCCCCAAAACCUGGCACAAGUCACCAGCCAAGAUGUCUCCUUGCUGGCCUCGGACUCAAAGCCCCUCAACUGUUUCUCCCAAACAUUCGAGGACCUCACUUGCUUCUGGGAUGAGGAAGAGGCAGCACCCAGUGGGACAUAUCAGCUGCUAUAUGCCUACUCAGGAGAGAAGCCCCGUGCCUGCCCCCUGAGUUCCCAGAGUGUGCCCCGCUAUGGAACCCGAUACAUGUGCCAGUUUCCAGGCCAGGAUGAAGUACGCCUCUUCUCUGAGCUGCACCUCUGGGUGAAGAAUGUGUUCCUGAACCAGACUCUGACUGAGUGGGUGCUGUCUGUGGAUACUGUGGGUCUGCCAGCUCCCCCCAGUAUCAUCAAGGCUGCAAGCGGGAGCCAGCCAGGGGAACUUCAGAUCCUCUGGGAGGCUCCAGCUCCUGAAAUCAGUGAUUUCCUGAGGCACGAACUCCGUUAUGGCCCUGUGGACCCCAGGAACGCCACUGGGGCCCGAGUCAUGCAGCUGCUCCCCACAGAGACCUGCUGCCCUACUCUGCGGAGGCCAAACCCAGUCUCUGCUCUGGACCAGCCUCCGUGUGUUCAACCCACAGCACCCCAACGGGAUGGACCAAGGCACACUUCCCCAACUGGAGAAGCUCCCUCUCUGCCUGUGAUGGGUGGAAGCUGCCUCAUUUCUGGGCUCCAGGCUGGCAAUUCUUACUGGCUCCAGCUGCGCAGCCAGCCAGAUGGAAUCUCUUUCAGUGGCUCCUGGGGAUCCUGGUCCCUUCCUGUGACCGUGGACCUGCCUGGGGAUGCAGUGGCAAUUGGAUUGCAAUGUUUUACCUUGGACUUGAAGAAUGUUACCUGUCAGUGGCAGCAACAGAACCAUACUCGCUCCCAGGGCUUCUUCUACCACAACAAGGCCCAGUGCUGCCCCAGACACAGGGAGCCCAUCUGGGAGAAGUGUGAAGAGGACAAGAAAACAAAUCCAGGAUUACAGCUCCCUCAGCUCUCCCGCUGCCACUUCAAGUCAGAGAAUGACAGUGUUAUUCACACCCUUGUAGAAGUGACCACAGCCCACGGUGUUAUUCACAGCUACCUGGGCUCCCCUUUCUGGAUGCACCAGGCCGUGCUCAUCCCCACCCCAAACCUGCACUGGAGGGAGGUCUCCAGUGGGCAGCUGGCAUUGGAGUGGCAGCAACCAUCAUCCUGGGCAGCCCAAGAUACCUGCUAUCAGCUCCGGUACAUGGGAGAAGGCCAUCGGGACUGGAAGGUGCUGGAACCGCCUCUCGGGGCCCAGGGAGGGAGCCUGGAGCUGCGCCCGCGAUCUCGCUACCGUUUACAGCUGCGCGCCAGGCUCAACGGCCCCACCUACCAAGGCCCCUGGAGCGCUUGGUCUGAGACCGAGUGGGUGGAGACAGCUUCGGAGCCGGCCUGGAUCUCCUUGGUGACCGUUCUGCUACUGGUGCUGGGCCUCAGCGCCCUUCUUGGCCUGCUGCUGCUGAGGUGGCAGUUUCCUGCGCACUACAGGAGACUGAGGCACGCUCUGUGGCCCUCACUUCCAGACCUGCACCGGGUCCUAGGCCAGUACCUUAGAGACACUGCAGCCCUGAGUAUUCCCAAGGCCACAAUCACAGAUACCUAUGAAGAAGUGGAACCCAGCCUGCUCGAGAUCCUACCUAAAUCCUCAGAGAGGACCCCCUUGCCCCUAUGUUCCUCCCAGGCCCAGAUGGACUACCGAGGAUUGCAGCCUUCCUGCCUGGGGGCCAUGCCCCUGUCUGUGUGCCCAUCCAUGGCUGAGUCAGGGUCCUGCUGUACUACACACAUUGCCAACCAUUCCUACCUACCAUUAAGUUGUUGGCAGCAACCCUGAAGACGAGCCUCUCCCUCCAGGACCCUGGACAGAUCUAGACUUCUCUACAAACUGCCCCUAACCUAUACCCAACACCACACCUCAGACUUCACCUCCAUCCCUCCGUCUACCAGCCGGGCUGGGCUUCUUAGCACUGAUCUUUCCAUACUGCUGUUGACAAGCCCAGGCCUCUUUCUCCAGAGGCAGGCUCCUUUGACUAAGGUCCUCUGACUUUCACCCUCUUUCUUUCCCCUCUUGAAUGCCAAACUCCUUGAAAAGAAGUCCCCACUUUCCUACUGAUUCUUCAGAGACUUCAGUUAGUUCCACUCCUCCCACUUUUCUAAUGAAACUGCCCAGGCAGAGUUCCUUUCAAAUCCUCUAGUUACAACGUUUAAUAGGAUCUUGUUAAUCAUCAGUUUAUUUGAUCCCUCUGUGGCAUUUGUCAUGGUUGAUUCCUCGUUUCUCCUUUAAAUUCUCUUCCACUUUGGCUUCCUUAGUGUCAGCUUCUCUCCUAGUUUUACACCUGUCUUUCUGAAUAUACUGGAAGUGAAAAGAAUAAAUCUGGAGUCAGUGCUGGGUUCAAUUCCUGUCUUUCAUACUUGAUACCUGUGCAACCUCAGGCAAAUAACUGAAUGCCUUUGAGCCUUAGUUUCUCAUGUAUAAAACAGAGACAAUAACAGUCCCUCAGAGAGUUGUGAAAAAUAUUAAGUGAGAUCAUCUAAAGCACCCUAAGAAAUGGUAAAUACUUAAUAUAUCUGAACUACUAUUGUAAUUAUUCCUUCUUAAUCUUGUAUUCUAGCAUUUUUUCCUAGCCUUAAUUAUUGCAGUCCCUUAUGCUUCCUUUUUUUUUUUUUUGACAAUACUGGAGUUCAAACUUAGGACUUCACACAUGCUAGGCACAUGCUUGAUGCUUAGCUACAUCCUCAAGUCUAAGACUCCAUUCUUUUUUUUGUUUGUUUUUUGUUACGGGGAUCAACUCAGGACCUGGUGUUUGUGAGGCAGGCGUGGUGCCACUGAGAUAACUCCCUGGCCUGAAGACUCCAUUCUUUUUUUUUUACUCCAUUCUUAAUACAAUCUCAAUCCCAUCUUUUCUCAUUGUCUUUACUAUGUGUUGGCCAUUCCAAAGCUCUUAAACUCCAGCUCAGAUUAACUACAGCAUCUGUGAUGUUUUAUACAAAUAACUGUUUACAUGUCUGUCUCCUGCUACUAGAGUGUGAGCUCCUUGAGGGCAAGAGCCAUGACUUAUUUGUCCUUUGUUCUCUAGCACCUAGAACAGUGAUGGUGAACCUUUUAGAGCAUUCAAUGAUAUGAACAAUGCGGCAAGCUUUCCAUAGGUUCACCACCACUGACCUCAUAUAUUGCUUGGUGUAUGAUAGUAGGCCUUCAAUAAAAGUUUUCUAAAUGCACGAAAUCUUCCUGGAAAAUAUUACCUUAACCCCAUGCCAACUUCCCUCAUGCUCUAAGCCAUUCAUGUGCAACAGUAAAUGUGCUUAAAUCACUCUGGUUAUGGAUUCCCCUCCCUCAUUCAAAUUUUCAAAUAAAUACUUUUGUUUGUUUUCUACUUGUUCCAGACAUACCCACUGUAUUAAAGUCUUAGCAGAAAUACAUAGCACUCAAACUGGGUAAUUUGGUGAGAGUUUAAUGAAGGGCAUAUCAACAAAGGUGAGGGCAAGAUUUGGGAAAACCAUCAAGGAACAGUGCAGUACCCCAACGCUAACACCACCAAGGAGCUGGCACCAGUCAAGGGGGUUAAAAAGAGGGAGUAGUUACCAGAGCUGGAGAGUCCUAUAAGAGAAAGCUGCCAGGUGGCAUGGUAGUGCACACCUGUAAUCUCAGCACUUGGGAGGCUGAGAGGCAGGA